UCAGAGAUCUUCCACGAUAACGUCACCGUCCUCUCUCUCUCUCUCUCUCUCUCGUGGCUGCUCGUCUCCUACAAAUUCUUUCUGGGGUUUUCAUUUGUUACACGCUCUCUGCAACUAUAAGAACACGCCUCUCUGCAGAAGCUUCAAAAGAGAGAGAGUUCUGAGAGGACAGAGGAGGGGAGCUUCGACUUCGAGCAUUGGAAUCACUGAGACGACACAGCUUUAACUCUUAUCCUUUUCAGUUUUUCAGUCCCCUUCUAUCCCAAAUUUCAAACACUUCCGUAGGCUUUUUGACUCUUCAAGUCCAAGGUGUCCCGUUUAUCCACAAAGCUUUUAAUGCCGGUCGUCACUCGCGUUUGAAUCUUGGCGGUUUUCUGGGUCGUUCAAACAUGUCACAGUUCACGAUUUUCCCGUUCUUGGUUUCGAAAAUAUUAUUCAAAAUCUCAGUCUUGUAGCGCUUUCUGUAAUUAAUCCUUUUCUGGGGUUGUAGGAUUUUUUUUUUUUUUUUUUUUUUGUUUCUGUUCGAAAGCUGUUUUUGGAGAAAUGGCGGUCGAUCUCUGCUCGGAGAGCUCUAAUCUGGGAAUGAGUCCGAGAAUCUCGUUUUCUCAUGACCUCCGCCAUGCAGACGUUGUGCCGGUCGAACAGCACAACUACCGCUCGGAUUCUUCUCUCCUGGAUUUCGAUUUCUGCCUCAACGAAAGCUUCCAACAAGAAUCAUCUUCUGCUGAUGAGCUCUUUUGCGAUGGGAAAAUUCUUCCAACUGAAAUUAGGAAGAAAAUUGAUCCUCCGAGACAGACCCACAAAUACAAGUCUCCUCAUCACCCUCCUCUACCAACAACAACGCCAUCUCCUGAACCUGCUACUUCUAAAACUGAAAAUUCCAGGAAAGAGAACUUGAAGGAAAUCAUAGAGGAAAGCUCAGAAGGAGACGAAAAAGCACCUUCAGUUUCGAAGUCGUUCUGGCGAUUCAAGCGAAGCAGUAGUCUUAAUUGCGGUAGUGGGCACAAACUCAGUUUAAUUUGUUCUUUACCGCUUCUAUCCAGGAGCAAUUCAACAGGUUCAUCACCGGUUCCCAAACGGCCACCAUUUUUGAAGGACAAUCACAAGAAUCCACAGAAGCCCCCAACAAUCACACCCAUAAAGUUUUCUGCUUCUUCCUCUUCUUCUUCUGUUCCUUCUUAUCUGUCUUCGUCACAGAAGCGUCCGUUGAAGAAAAAUUAUGGAUCUUACAGCAAUGGGGUUCGUAUUAAUCCUGUUCUGAACGUUCCACCUCCAUAUAUUCCAAAAGGAACCGCUAACUUAUUCGGUUUUGGUUCACUGUUCUGCAACUCAAAGGAUAAGAACAAGAAGAAAUGAUUCACCGUCGAUGGCUUCUCUCUCCGGUAGUCCAGUCACAGCUUUUAUGUAUUCAAUUUAACACCAACAUGGGUCCAUGCAUUACUAUGUGCUCAAUGAAAUUAAGAGAGGAACAAUUAAGUUUGUAAGAAUCAUUGUGGACAUUUAUCAUGAAUCUGUGAAUUUCUAUAAACUCUAAAGUGAGGCUGAAGAAGAAGAAGAGAUGGUUGAGGGAUAGAUGAUCUUGGAAAGCUCAGUGUAUAUCAACAUGUCAGAGGUUUAGGAGACAAAACAGCAGGUACCCUUCUUGCAUGGCUGUCCAAUUAUUUUGUUUCCUUUUUCUCUUCUGAAAAAAAUUACAUGAUUUGGCUUCCUCUUUCACUCUUUGUUUAUAUAUAGAUACUUUUGAUUGAUCAUUGAUUUGGGUUUCUCAUUAGUCA